AACAAAAACUUUGUAAAAAAUAUUUGUUAGAUUUCAUUUUAUUAAAAAAUGAGUGUAGAAGUCAGCAAUAUAAACGGAGGCAAUGGCAACGACACUUCGGCACAGUCUCAGGACAAACGGGAGCUACUUUGCCUGCUCAAACUGCUCAGAAAAUAUCAGCUGAAGGGCACGGAGGAGCUGCUCUGCCAGGAGGCAAAUGUGAGCAGUUCAGAUCUUGCCAAUAUAUGCGAAAGUGAUGUUAAGUCUGUGCUCAGUGCAGCAUUGACGUUGUCCGAUGAUGGGCAGGACGUUAAGCCGGCACUGGCACAAGUAUCGGCAUCCGAGGCGAAAGCCGAAGUGAAUGCGGCCGAAGCGUUGGCCAAAUUCAUUGGAGACGAUGACUUUGAUGCCCAACAGUAUGAGCAGGCGUAUGAGGAACUGCGCUCAUUUGUGGAGGACUCUUUGGACAUAUACAAGCAUGAAUUAUCCAUGGUGCUUUACCCGAUAUUAGUGCAGAUAUAUUUCAAAAUACUGGCCAGCGGGCAGGUUGAGAAAGCGCGCGGAUUCAUCGAGAAAUACAAAUCCGAUCUUGAUGGCUACUACAUCGAGGGACUCUUCAACUUGCUGCUGAUAUCAAAGCCAGAGGAGCUGCUGGAGAACGAUCUGGUAACCGCAAUGGAGACGGACAAGUUUGUGAUCCGCAUGUCGCGGGAUGCACACUCGUUGUUCAAGCGUCACAUCCAGGAUCGCAGGCAGGAGGUGGUCGCGGAUAUUGUGUCCAAGUAUCUGCACUUUGACACCUACGAGGGCAUGGCCCGCAACAAGCUGCAAUGUGUGGCCACUGCUGGAUCGCACAUUGGAGACGCAAAGCGACAGGACAACAAGAUCCGCGUUUACUACGGUCUGCUCAAGGAAGUCGACUUUCAGACACUCACCACGCCAGCGCCUGCGCCGGAGGAAGAGGAUGAUGAUCCGGACGCACCUGACCGACCCAAGAAAAAGAAGCCUAAGAAAGAUCCGCUGCUAUCAAAGAAAUCCAAGUCGGAUCCCAAUGCUCCGGCCAUUGAUCGGAUACCGUUGCCCGAGCUCAAGGAUGCAGACAAAUUGCUUAAGCUUAAGGCGCUGCGUGAGGCCAGCAAGCGUCUGCCCCUUAAUAAGGAUCAGCUGCCCUCCGCCGUAUUCUACACUGUUCUCAAUUCCAGCCAAGGAGUAACUUGUGCCGAAAUAUCCGACGAUUCCACCAUGCUAGCUUGCGGAUUUGGUGACUCUACGGUGCGCAUCUGGUCGUUGACUCCAGCCAAGCUGCGUACACUUAAGGAAGCCGACGCUCUACGGGAGCUGGACAAGGAAUCGGCGGACAUCAAUGCCCGAAUGCUGGACGAGCGAAGCGGCGAAAUGACGCGAACAUUUAUGGGACACACGGGUCCAGUCUAUCGCUGUGCCUUUGCACCCGAGAUGAAUCUGCUACUCUCUUGCUCCGAGGACAGCACAAUUCGACUCUGGUCACUUCUCACCUGGUCUUGCGUCGUCACCUAUCGGGGACACGUCUAUCCAGUGUGGGAUGUGCGCUUUGCACCGCAUGGAUAUUAUUUUGUCUCGUGCUCCUUUGACAAAACUGCCCGCUUGUGGUCAACUGAUUCAAACCAGGCGCUUCGCGUCUUUGUCGGCCAUCUUUCCGAUGUGGAUUGCGUGCAGUUCCAUCCGAAUUCCAACUACGUGGCCACUGGCUCCAGCGAUCGCACUGUCCGCCUAUGGGAUGCUCUCACAGGUCAAUCAGUGCGCCUCAUGACCGGCCACAAGGGAACUGUCAACAGCCUGGCAUUCUCUGCUUGCGGUCGUUACUUGGCUUCUGGCGCCGUCGACCACAACAUUAUCAUCUGGGACCUGUCAACCGGUUCGUUGGUCACCACACUGCUGCGACACACCAGCACCGUGUCCACAAUUACAUUCAGUCGAGAUGGCACGCUCCUGGCGGCCGCCGGCUUGGAUAACAAUCUGACGCUGUGGGACUUUCACAGACUGACCGAGGAUUAUCUGAGCAAUCACAUAACAGUGUCUCAUCACCAGGACGAGAAUGACGAGGACGUUUAUCUACUACGCACAUUUCCCAGCAAGAAUUCACCCUUUGUGGCGCUUCAUUUCACCCGUCGCAAUCUUUUAAUGUGCGUGGGUCUAUUUAAGAGCUAAGAAAUACACAAUUAUUUAUAAGCAGGACAGUCCCGAGCUAAGAACUGUGGCAUCUAGUGCUGGGUUUCUUGAUUUUGUAACCAAUUUCCUCAUUUCUAGGAGAUCUUUGAGUUUGAAGUUGUUGCUUCGAACCUUUAUAGUUAAGUUUAUAAUGUGACUGUCUCAUGUUUUCGUAGAUAUAAGUUAACAAUAAAGUUGUAGUCUUUUCUUUCUUCCAUAUA